AUGGCCAAGGGCGCUGCCCCGGCCGGGGUAUACAGCGCGACAUAUAGUGGUGUACCCGUCUACGAGUUUCAGUUUGGGACCGAUCUCAAGGAACAUGUUAUGCGCCGGCGUGCCGACAACUGGGUGAAUGCGACACACAUCCUGAAGGCUGCCGGCUUUGACAAGCCUGCCCGAACGAGAAUUCUGGAGCGCGAAGUUCAAAAGGAGGAGCAUGAAAAAGUCCAGGGUGGUUACGGAAAAUACCAAGGCACAUGGAUUCCUCUCGAACAAGGCGAGGCGCUUGCCCAGCGAAACAACAUCUACGAACGCUUACGGCCCAUCUUUGAGUAUGAGCCUGGGAGUGAGAGCCCUCCUCCCGCACCAAGACAUGCGAGCAAGCCAAAGGCCCCAAAGGCCAAGCCUGCCGUUCCAAAAUGGGGCAGCAAGUCUCAAAACAGGAAGGGUAGUCUGUCGCAGCCCGCUGUGUUCUCACACAGUCAUGCCCAACAAGGUGUUCCCAUCCAAGAAGAAUACGAGAGUGUUGCUUCUCAGAUGCACGAAGACGACACCCCCGACAACAUGACUGUUGCCUCGGCCUCGUACAUGGCUGAGGACGAUCGAGCAUACGACAUGUCGCACUUCUCCACCGGCCACAGGAAGCGCAAGAGAGAGGAGGAGAUGCGGGACAUGACGGCGCAACAACAUGCCAUGUACGGGGAUGAGCUGCUUGACUACUUUUUGCUGUCUACAAACCAACAGGCUGCCAUUCGUCCUGAUCCCCCAACCAACUUUCAGCCGGACUGGCCCAUCGACACUGACAGGCAUACGUCGCUCCAUUGGGCUUCGGCCAUGGGCGAUACCGAUGUCAUCAAACAGCUAAAGCGGUUUGAUGCCAAUCUCAUGGCUCAGAAUAUCAGGGGGGAGACGCCAUUAAUGUGGGCGGUGAACUUUACGAAUUGCUACAUGAAGAAAACGUUUCCUACCGUUCUCAACGAGCUAUUCAAAUCGGUGGAUGCAAGAGAUCACUCUGGGUGCACUGUCAUUCACCAUGCGGCGGUUAUGAAGCGAGGACGGGUACAAAGCUCAACCUGUGCUCGGUAUUAUCUGGACAUCAUCCUGAACAAACUGGUAGAAGUUCGCCAGCCAGAGGAGGUACAGGCGCUGCUCGAUGCUCAGGAUGAAGAGGGCAAUACGGCGUUGCAUCUGGCGGCCAGAGUCAACGCCAGGAAAUGCAUCAGAUCGCUUCUCGGCCGUGGAGCAGCAACCGACAUCGAAAACAACGAGGGCGUGAGAGCGGAGGAUUUGAUCAAAGAAAUCAACACCACCCGUUCUCUUGCCCGGACCGGGCCACAGCGCUCCUCGAGUCCGUUCGCCCCUGAGACAGCCCGGCGCAAUGGCUUUCGGGAUGCCCUUGGAGAAGACCCAACGAGCAAGUUACAGUUGUCAUACCAGAGUGAGGCAGCCAACACGGUGCAAUCGCGCAUCACGCCGCUCGUGCUCCAGAAACUUCAAGAUUUGUCUCAAAGCUACGACAGCGAGUUCAACGAGACGGACGAAGCCGAAAAGGAAGCCAGACACAUCCUGGCCAACACCCAAGCUGAGCUCAACAACCUCCGAGCCAGCAUCGCCGAGCUCGAGUCCAGGAUCGAAGCCGACGACCAAGCCAGCAAGACGGAGGAAGAGGUGGCCGCCGCCAAGAAGCAAGUCCUUGCUCUCUUUCGCCGGCAGACGCAGCUCGCCAUUGAAAAGGCCAUUGAGCAGAACCUCGCCUCUGUUACCAAUGGCCAGCAGCAAGAGGAAGAAGACGACUCACCGGAAGAGCGGCUCAAGCUCGCGGCGCAACUCCAUGCCAUGUUGGUCGAGCAGGAAGCUGCCGAGGUGGAGUACGUCGAGGCGAGGGGCAUGCUUGGGACGGGCAAGAAGAUUGAUCAGUACAGGCACUUGCUCUGCAGCUGCUUGCCGCCCGAGGACCAGGACAUGCUGGACCAGAACCUGGAGGACAUGAUCUCCAUGAUGGAGGAUGAGGCGGAGAGCAACAGUGCCGCUUUAUUGCCGCCAGGGACGAACCCGGAUGGGGUCAUGGAGGGGAUGGGCAUGCUGGGUGGGAUGGCGCUGGCGAUGGCGGAGGCGGCUGAGCCAAUGGAGAUUACUGGGUGA